UAUGGGCAACAUCUUGGCUUGCCCGCAGCCAUGGUGGAGGUUUUGAUCCCUCCAAUUUCCCCUGGCAUGUUGUCUUGUACCCCCUGUUUGCCAGAUACUUCUGAGGUCUCAGCCUAAAUGUCAUUGAAGAGAGACCCUCCCCCACAAAACUGUCUGAUGUGGGUUCUGCUUCUCGGCCUGUUUAUUUGUUGCUUGGCUGCACUUCUCACCCACAGGUGGUAAAGAUGUUUCUGUUUGUAAGUUAUGUCUGUGUUGGGCCACCACUGGGUCCCCAAGGGCCUUCGUUUAUCGUGCACCUGCACGCUCCCUCUGCACAUCUGGCAGGAACCUGGCUGCUGUUUCAGGCUGGGAGGACCGACCCUGUCACUAGCCGGAUGAUUUCCCCAGCCACAGAGACAGCUGUGACACAGGACCUCAGAACUGACCUUGGAUCCCGCCAGUGCCACCCUCCCAAAUAGCUGCAGGGACCUGGCUCCAGCCCAGACGUACCUCGAGACACCUGCAUCCCCUCCUGUUUGUCUUCGCUUCGGUCUUAACUCGUCCUAACUGCCAGGUGAGCCUUUGAGCGUUAAUUUUCCCAGCUCCCCAAGUGGUGUCGGGCUCAUUCCCUCAGCGAUGGUGGCAACAGAUAAGGGCCUGCCCACUCCUGGCACAGAAUGCCUGAGGGUCCUGAGCUGCACCUGGCCAGCCACUUCGUGAAUGAGGCAUGCAGGGGGCUGGUGUUUGGCGGGUGUGUGGAGAAGUCAUCCGUCAGCCGCAACCCCGAGGUGCCCUUUGAGAGCAGUGCCUACUACAUCUCAGCCUCAGCUCGGGGCAAGGAGCUUCGCCUGACACUGAGCCCCCUGCCUGGGGCCCAGCCCUCACAGGAGCCAAUGGCCCUUAUCUUCCACUUUGGUAUGUCUGGGUCCUUCCAGCUGGUACCCAGUAAUGCACUACCACCCCAUGCCCAUCUGCGCUUUUACACAGCUCCUCCUGGCCCCAGACUGGCACUCUGCUUUGUGGACAUCCGCCGCUUUGGGCACUGGGAUAUCGGGGGCGAGUGGCAGCCAGGCCGUGGGCCAUGUGUCUUGCUGGAGUAUGAACAGUUCAGGGAGAAUGUGUUACGAAACCUAGAGGACAAGGUCUUUGACCGGCCCAUAUGUGAGGCACUCUUGGACCAGAGGUUCUUCAAUGGCAUUGGCAACUAUCUGCGUGCAGAGAUCCUAUACAGGCUGAAGAUACCUCCCUUUGAGAAGGCCCGCACUGUUCUAGAGGCGCUGAAGCAGCACAGGCCGAACCCAAAGUUGACCCUGAGCCAGAAGAUCAAGGCAAAGCUGCAGAACCCAGAUCUGCUGGAGCUGUGCCAUUCAGUGCCCAAGGAAGUGGUCCAGUUGGGGGGCAAGGGCUAUGGACAAGAGAUUGGGGAGGAAGACUUUGCAGCCUUUCGAGCCUGGCUGCAGUGCUAUGGCAUUGCGGGCAUGAGCUCUCUACGGGACCGGCACGGCCGCACCAUCUGGUUCCAGGGGGAUCCUGGACCUUUAGCACCCAGAGGGGACAAGUCUCAUAAGAAGAAAUCCAAGAGAUCACAGCCAGGUCCUGAGGACAGAACAGAGGACCCUCUAUCCCCAAGCAAGUCCCCUUCCAGGACACGAAGGGCACGAAGAGGACUUCCUAAGCAAACUACACCCCAUCGGCCUGAGGGGACCAGUCUCCAACAGGACCCAAAAGUCCCCCCAGUCACUGAGAAAGGAAAGAAAACAGGGAGAAGGGCAAACUCAGGUGGGCCUUCCUCAGCACCCUCCUCUGGGGAUGGAAGAGGCACCACCAAAAGGAGCUUCCCAGAAGGAAAGGGUGACAGUAUAGGCAGCAGUUACAGGUGGACAAAGGUGGGAGGAAGGCUGACAGGGUAGUCCUCAACUUGGGGUCUGAGCUGCCACCUUACCU